AUGCAGCGAACACUAGACAAGACGCGCAAGCAGAUUGUGAAGAAGAAGGGUCCUUUGGGGACGGUCCAUGAAGGGUCGCGGGACUCCCGACGCUUGCGCAAAGCCCUGGCCCGCGAUGGCCGCCUUGGGAAGCUCGCGACGAGCAGAAAGAUGCACGAACAGUCAUUUGUCGAUCGUGCAGGGUUUUUCCAAGAUUCCGUUCGCGAAACGGGCAUCGAUGUCUUUGACGCCGACCAAUUCAUAGCUGCUGUGAAGAGUUUUGUGCACCAGUACGACGAGGAGAUGGACGCGCUGAAGCGGACUCGUCGACCGGGGCGGCCAGCUAGUACGCGUGAGGAUGCGCUCAAGGUCAAGAUGAUUGCUCUGGAAAAGGAGUUUCAGAAUGGAUUUUUGGCUCCCGACCUCACAUCGAAAGACAAUGUUUCGGCUCUGGAGCGGUGGGAGGGUUCGUGGUUGCAGUUGAACAGUCUUUCCUGGGUGCGCAUCAACGAAGCGGGUGCUGUACGGCCGGCAACCUUCCCCCCGAACAAGGACUAG